AUGGCGCCAGGAGCGCCUGACAUCCAGGAGCUCUUGAGGCGUCUGUGUGAGUUAGGAGGAAAGGAGCGCGAGCGUGAGUUUUGGAAAGCGCAUGAGUUCAUCCAGGGGUGGCAGCUGCUUGUGACAGAGCAGAUCGUGGGGGUACAUUCAGAAGAAAGUAGCGGUUGGGCUGCCUACGUAGCUAACAAUCAGUCAGGGGCGGCUCUGCUGGGAAUUGAGGCAAGGGAGGAAGACCACUGGCCGGUGCAGCGCAGUGCGUGUGGGACGCGCUGUGUCAUCUGUGAUAAGAAGGCGGCGGAGGCGGCGGGGGCAGAAGUAACCAGGACCACCGAGUGGGCGCGCCAGCAGCAGGCGGCCGAGGAGCUCGGGAAAGCCGCCUGGGAGGGACUCAAGCUCAGGCAGGAGGACGCGGCGUUUGCGCAAGAGUCCAGCACGCCGCAGGGCAGCAGGCGUGAAGCGCAGGAGGUGGAGCGGCUCAGGCGGGAGUUGCAGCGCAAGGCGGACGCUGAUCCGGCGGUAGCCAGGUCAAUUCGCUUGGCGCAGGAGUUCAUCCAGGAUUGGCGCGCGUUCGAGCAGCAGCACAAGGAGUAUCCGCGCGGGAAGGUGUACGCGGCGUUUGUGGCGAGUAACGCGCCUGGAGCCGCCUGCAUCGGUCAGGUUCCGGACCCAUCACAACAUCUCCCCGCGGUCAAGUUGGGGUGCCCUGUUAGCUGCGCCAUUUGUGAGCGCUUCCAGCCGCUGCAGGCAAGGGUGGCAGUUUGGAGAGAGGCGGAGGCGCUGGUGGCGGCGCGGGUGGAGCACGCGAGGCGAGAGAAGGAAAGGGAGGAGCAGGAGGCGAAGGCAGCUUGGUGGCGGGAGCUGACAAAGCGGGUGGCGGAGGUGGAGAUAGUGCCCCAGCGGUGUGCGGAGCGGGGCAGCCAGGAGGAAGCAGGGCCAGUGAGAGGGGAAGCGGAGGAGCAGCGGGCAGCAUCCAAGCGAGAGAAGCGCCGGCGCAAGAAGCAGGAGAGGCGGGCCCGCUCGGGGGAGCAGACGGCUGCAACUGAGUACAGCCGGGUUGCGGCGGGUGAGGGGAGCGAGGACACCGCGUCAGGCGCGAGCAGUGGGGUUGUUGUGAACAGGCCAGCGGCGGCGGGUCAGGCAGUGUUCUGGUGGGAGGAAGAAGAUUGGGCAGAGAUGGCGGCGGUUGGUGAGGGGAAGCAACGUUUCUCGGGGAGGAAGAACGAGGGGCUCACGCUAGAGCAGUUCGAACUCCAGGUCGAGGGCAGCAUCCUUGACCGGUUCACGAAGCUGCAAAAGGACUUGGGCAGGCCGGUUGAGGGGGCUGAGUUUAAAAAGCGGUUCUGCAUACACCUGGGGGAGCAUAUGGACAACCCGGCAAAAGAGGCGCACUUGCGCACCUACAAGGAGUGCAACACCAAGGACGAGCCGGUGAAGCACCUGCUGACGAGCCUCAAGCGCCACUUUGGUGAGAGAAACGAAGGGAAGGCGCAGGAGUGGGUCAACUUUCGGCGAGAGGCAGGGGAAGAGUUGCCGGAGCUGCUGUUCAGGUUGCAGGGGUUGGCGACUGACCUUAAGAAGCCACUGACCGACCCUGAGCUCGUCACCAAGUUCGUGGCGGCCCUGGACAAGAGGCUUGGGGACGCGGUCAACACGCAGGCGCUGGCGGCGGCCACGAGCGGGGACGGUGGCUACACGCUGGACAACGCGUACGAUGCGGCCGUCCGAGUGAACGAGAUGGCGUCCAGGCUUAGGAUCGCCAGGGAGAUGACGCCCAGGACAGUGGAGGCGGCCCGGCCGAGGUGGGGCGGGCGCGCUCCGGCCGCGCACGCAGCUGUCCCUGAGGCGCCACACGCGGCGGUGGCAACAGCGGUGGCUGCUGGGUCGGCCGGGUCAGGUGCGUGCCACACUUGCGGUGAGAUCGGACACUACAGGAACCAGUGCCCGCAGAGGGGAGGCGGGGGUGCAGGUCGGGGGUCCUCGGCCGGGGGAGCCGUGAGGUCGGGUCCGGGCCGGGGCGUAGGGCGGCAACGGAUCUGCUUCGUGUGCGGUGACCCGGCGCAUCUCUCGUUUCAGUGUCCAAAGCGACAUGUGGCGCCGGCGGCAGUCGCGGUUCCGGCAGGAAGCGUCAGAGGGGCGGAGUUGGCAGCGGUUGGGCUCAGCGUGGCGGAAGUGGAGGAGUUCAGGGCGUGGAAGGCGGCGGCUCAAGCGGCGGCGGCGCUGAGUCUGGAGGACGAUGACGCGGCCAGUUGGGACGAGGAGGAAUACGGGUUGGGGGCUGCCGCCCUGGUGGUAGAGGGAGGUGGGGCGUGGUGUCCCACUCCGCUGGAGCUCGGAGCAGUGGCGACGCGCGCGGCGGCAGGCGCGGGGGCUGUGGAGAAAGUGACCCGGCUGUCCGGGCCACAGUCCAGGCCCAGAAAACAGGCGCGCGCGGGCACGCGCCCGAGACAGGUGGUCGGGCCAGCCACGGGGCAGCCCGUGGGCACCGCAGCGCUGGAGAGGAAGGCUCCGGCUGAAGCACUGAGGCAGUUGCGGGCCCGCAGGGACAAAGCGGCGCUUAAAGAGCGGAUGGCGAAGCUCCCGGACCAAGGCCGAGAGGUGGCUGCACAAGGCUUGCACCGCCUGCCACAAGGGUUUGGCGUCAGACCGGAGGGGAAGCGUCAGAGUGCGGAGGAGGUGGUGUCACCAGGUGGAGCGCGCAGGGGUGCAGCAACGUCCUUCAACGGGCCAGUCGAUGAAGUGGCCCCGGCCGAGAUGACGGAUUCCCCGGGGGAACAGCUGAGGGCUGUCGGGGAGACGGUCCUGGUGGGGCAGGUCACCAUGGACGUGGCGGCGUUUCUUGGGUUGGCAGAGCGCGCAGGGAUGACGUUGCAGCAGGUUGUGGAGAUGACGGGAGGUGGCGCCAGCGCGCCGCGGCCGCAGCUCGACCCGAGGGAGGUGAUGCGCAGGGCGGUGGCCACAGCCGGCACGGACCGGCCCGGAACAGAACAGUUGAGCCAAGCCGGACAGAUUGGGGUAGGAAGCGCAGGGCGAGUGACCCAGCGCGGGGCGGUCGUGGUUGAAGGGACAGUCGAAACGGGUGCAAACCCAGGGGAAGGUGUUAGCUCGACCGAGCAGACACCAACGGCUGAGGUGGUGAAAACAGGGAAGGGCAACGCAAGGCAAAGCUCGGCGGACGACUCGGGCACAGACCCUGAAAGUUCGUGGAUGGCCCAGGCAAGAGCAGAUCGCGCGCGCCGGCAGCAAAGCCCGUCGGGACCGGAAAAUUCGGAUGAGCAGGUGGCGCUCGAAUUGCUGGCCGAGGAGGCGCGGGUGGCUGGCGUUGACUCAGCGGCAGCGCUGCGCGCGCAGAACGGGCCGGCUCCGAAGACGAGGAAGGAGCGCGGAUGGGAGACGGUGUCCCGUAAGGGAAAGGGGAAGUUGAACACGGACGGUGAGACGACUUCGAGCGCGGCGGGGCAUGGGGGGACGGAAAAGGCCUGGGAGGAGACCCACGCGCUGGCGGCCUUCGCUGAGGCGCUGCCAAAGGUUCCCCCCGCUGAGCGCAACCAAUGGGUCGGCACCCCGGACUGGGUAGACAACCGAGAUGGGGCGGUCAAAGUAAUGACGGUGGCCGGACUGAAGGCGCCGCUGCGUGUGUUGAUCGACGGGGGCAGUUUCUAUUCGAUGGCAGGAGCGCGCUUGGCGGACCAGCUCGGGCUGCCGUUGGACAGCACCGCGGCAUCUUGCCGGGUGCAAACGGCCCUCGGGCAGAUCGAGCCCUUGGGGAAGGGGCUCACCCGAGACCCGGUGCCCAUCGUCCUGAACGCCGGCACUCCCGCGGAGCUAACGCUGUACGAGCGCUUGGCCGUCACCGAGUCGACCGGCUACGAUCUGCUCAUUGGUACGCGGGCAGCUUACCCGAUAGGCCUCAGCAUCGACCGGUGGGCCGAGCGGGGCACGUACCGGGUCGACUGGCGGGCGCAAGGGGAGCACGCGCCGGGCGGGGAGACGGCGGUUGGCCCACGCCCGGUGCAACAAGAGGCCGGCUGGGAGGGUCGGUCUGGCGGGAGUAACAGGGAACAAAGGGGAAGUGGACAAGGGGCGCGGCAGGGCACAGUGAGUAGGUGGCCGCGGGGUCCCCCGCUAAACGUUAAGACAGGGGCGGAGCGAGCGGUUCGAGCCGCGUUGGCGGCGGGCCGGCCAGCUGUUGAGCCGCCACGCAAGGUCCAGUUAAGCCGGCUCAAGGGGCUGCAGCCGUUGGACUGGUCGGUUGUCCAGCCGUUGCCACGAGACCGGCCCUUGCGGGUGCUGGAGCUGUUUGCAGGCGUGGGAACAGCGACCCAGGCGUUGGUGCGGCUCGGAUACAACAUUGGUGAGGUAAUGGCCUGCGAGAAGCGGGGGGCGGCGCGAGAGUUGCACCGGUGGUCGUGCGCGCAGCUCAGCCUGGAGUUUCCGGGCAGGAUGGAGGAGCGGGCGUGUUCGCAGCUGCAUCACCGCCUGCCCCAGGACAUACAGCUGGUCAGCGAGGACCACCUGCUGGCACUCGGCCCGCUCGACGUGGUCGUGGCAGGGUGGCCGUGUCAAGGAAACAGCGCAGCGGGGCUCGGGCGGGGUCUGGAAGACGAGAGGUCGGGGCUGGUUGAAGACCUGGUACGGGUGCUGCAUCACCUGCAGAGGUCACACCGAAAGUGGGGGCACCCGUUGGCCUACGUCGUCGAGCACGUGGCGGCUGGACACGACCGACGUCCUCGGGUGAGGGAUCAUUUUGCUGAGGUACGCAGUCUGUUGGGGCCCGAAGUGGUGUUGGACGCCGCCCAGUUGGGAUCGCGGGCGCACCGCCUACGGGCGUGGUGGACCAACCUCAGUGCACCUGCUCUUCUGCGUGCGGCGAUCGCCGCUCAGGUCCGCCCACCUGGGCUGUUCGUGCACCACAUCCUUGGGCCCGGGCGGCGCGCGCAGAUUCCUAGGGGCUCCGGACAAGCCCCGUGGGCCAAAGUGGAAGUGCCGGGGGAGCCAAGGCGCGCGCUGCCCACUUUCGUGAGCUACAACGGUUCACAUGCGUUUUCGCACACAAGGGGCGGAGUGAUUCAGGUCACACAAGGAAGCGAGCUAACCUACGGGGAGCCCACAGCCGACGAACGCGAACUAGCCAUGGGGUUUCCCCGCGGAUUCUCGGCGGCGCCUGGUCUGUCCGAAUCCACCCGACGCGAGCUGCUGGGCCAAGCCAUGGACCUUAACACGGUCAUGUGGCUCCUGGCUGCCUGCGCAGCGGCGGCGGGUGCGUCACCAGCGGCGGCAGCUUUGCCGUUGGGAGGGAAGUCGGAUGGCCCUACGGACAACGGCAGCCAGGGAGGGGAGGCGCAGAAGGCAGCCGGGGCAGCGGGGUGCGCGCCAGCGCGCGCGCCCAGGGCAGCCGGAGCAGUCGGGCGCGCGCCAGCGCGCGCGCCCAGGGCAGAAGACGGUGUGCCCAGGGCAGGAGACGGUGUGGGGGCAGCCGAGGCACCGGGGUGCGCGCCAGCGCGCGCGCCCAGGGCAGGAGACGGCGCAAAGGCGGCCGGUGCGGCAGGACAGAUCCGGCCGGGGCAGGAUGGGGUCGGACAGCCGGCAGGGCAGGGCCGGUCAGGAAAAGUGGAAGAACCGGGGGGGCCCGUAGCCGGGAAGUGCCGGCGGUGGUUGGUCGGGAGUCAGCUGACGCCCGAGGAGCAGGGGUUUGCGGCGUCAGUGGCGGAGGCAAAUCGUGAUGUGUUUGCCAAUAGCUUGGGGGAGAUCGGAGAGUUUAAGUUGUUUGAGGUGGAGUUGACGUUAAAGACGGAGCGGCCCAUUUUCGAACGGCGCAGAAAGCACAGCGUGAAGGAGUGGGAGUUGAUAGAUGAGCGCUGCAGAGAGUUGGAGGAGGCGGGGAUCAUUGAGGAAACGGACAGUGACUUCGCGGCAAACUCAGUGCUAGCGGCGAAGAAGGACCCGGAGGGGAAUUGGAAGCUAGACCGCUUUUGCACGGACCUGCGCAGGGUCAAUGCGGAGACAGCGCAGGAUCGCUACCCAAUGCCACUGCCGGAGGAGGUCCUGGAGGCGCUGGGGCACGCAAAGUACUACUCCACGAUUGAUAUCAGGGGGGCGUUUCACCAGCUGGUGGUGAGAAAAGAGGACAGGCGCAAGCUGGCGUUCUGGGGGUCCACCAAGCUGUACUGCUGGAAGCGGUGUCCGUUCGGGGCGCGCAACGCCAGCGCGUGGUUUCAGCGGGCAAUCGACAGAACGCUGAGGGGAUUGGAGGGGUUCGCGCGGAGCUUCAUCGACGACGUUUUGGUGGCUGGAGGGGAGACGCUGGAGGAGCACAUGGCGCUGGUGCAGCGGGUGUUGGACCGGCUGAAGGAGGCAGGGCUCAAGUGCCACCCCGACAAGUGCUGUUUCGGGGCCGACUCGGUUGAGUACCUCGGCAUGUGGCUGCGCCCGGGCAAGGUGUCGCCAGUGGUCGCCAAAGUGGCGGCUAUUGAGGCCCUGCCACGGCCCACAGACGUUACGUCGGUCAAGGCGUUCAACGGGGUGGUCAACUACUACCGGAGGUUCAUUCCGGAGUGCAGCCGGGUGCAGGGGCCGCUCAACGAGUUGACAAAGAAGGAAGUGCAGUGGCGCUGGGGUGAAGAGCAGGAGGGGGCGUUCCUGGCGCUCAAAAAGGCGCUGCAGAACGAGCCUGUGUUGGCGCUGCCGGUGAGAGGACGGAGCUUCAAGGUGCGCUGCGACUGGAGCAAGAAGGGGGUGGGCGGAGUCCUGUUGCAGGCCGACGAGCAGGGGGUGGACCGGGUGAUUGCUUACGGGAGCCGCAGCUGCAACCCGGCGGAGUCGCGGUACAGCAGUUUCGAGGGGGAGUUACUCGCGGCGGUCUACUUCGUGCGGCUGUGGAGGAACUACUUGUACGGGGAGCGGUUCACUUUGGAGAGUGACCACCGGCCGCUCAAGUGGAUCCUGACCAACAACAAGCUGACCGGUAAGCUUGCGCGGUGGGCGAUGAUGCUGAGCGAGUUUGACAUGGUGGUCGAUUACACCCCCGGGGACGAGAACGAAAUGGACUGCUUGAGUCGGUACCCACAGAAAUCAGACGAAGACACGGCGGGCGUCCGGCAGGAGGGGGACUUGGGGGAGACACUGGCGCCCUGCUGGUCAGCUGCAGCAGCGCUAGCUUGGGCCCCGGCAGCCUCGCCUGGGGAAAGCAAAACCGGACGGGUGGUUGUGCGGCCGGCGGUGGACGUGUGGGCGGACGGCGCAGUCCUGGCCCUGUUGCAGACGGGGCGCGCGCCAGAGAGGAGCUCCUCGGGGGAGCGAGAUCGGGCACAGCACCGAGCGCGCAGCUUUGAGUGGAAACGGGACCACCUGGUGCACCGUGAGGCAGCCGGUGGGGUGCGCGUGGUCCCAAGGCCGGCAGAGAGAGAGGCCCUAGUUCGGGAUGUGCAUGAGAAAUGCGGACACUUCGGGGUCAAGAAGACGGUGUCCCUGCUAAGCCCUCACUACUGGUGGGUGGGUCUGGCGGCGGACGUUCAGCGGGUGGUGCGUCAGUGUGAGGCGUGCGAUCGGGUGAGGGCAGCCUUCAACGCAGUGCAUCCUGUGUUGCAGCCCCUCCCGAUUAAGGGACUGUUCUACCGGUGGGGGCUAGAUUCUGCGGGGCCGCUGCCCAAGUCAAGCCGGGGAAACCAGUUUGUGCUCGUCAUGGUUGAGCAUUUCAGCAAGCACGUGGUGUUCGUGCCCACGGCUGACAAAGAAGCGCAGACGGUGGCCGAGGCAUUCACCCGGGAAGUCCUUACGGUGUUCGGAGCUUGUGCGGAGAUAGUGACGGACAGAGGAGGGGAGUUUGGGGGCGCUUUCCAGGAGCUACUCGACCGGUCUCACAUCGACCACCGGUCGACCUCGUCCCACCACCCUCAGGCAAAUGGCCUCAGCGAGCGGAUAGUCGGGGUGGUCAAAGGUGCGCUGCGGAAGUGGUGCCUUGGGCACGCCGCGGAGCAAUGGGACGUCUACCUGCCUUGGGUCACCAUGGGAUACCGGUUCAGCGCGCAGGCGUCACUGGGUGGGUUCUCCCCGUACGUGCUGCUCUUCGGACGGGAGCCGGUUUUGCCAGGGACGGUGCGCGCGGCGCUGGAGGAACCCCUGGACAUUGACCGUCCGGACAGGCUGCGCGCGUUGGUGGCAGAACGGGCUGCACUGUUCCGGCGGUUGGUCCCAAUGGCCAUGGGCAACCUGCAAAUUGCCCAACACCGGGACACGCUGCGGUACGCCAAGACCCGCAGUGGUGCCUGGAAGCCGCAAAUCAUCAGGUAUGCGGUGGGCGAUUACGUGUAUUUGCAGAGAGAGAUGCUCAACACCCUGGACAGCCGGGCGGGACCACGGAUCCUGCGGGUCAAGCACGUGAGGACGGGGGGUGUGUUGGAACUGGAGGGGGCGGACGCGCGGACGGUGCGGGUGCACAUGGAGAGAUGUGCCCCGUGUCAUCGGAUCGACAUCGACGAUCGACAGGAUGCGCGCCUGGCGCGCCCCGCAGCCGACUUUGCGUGCACGCGCUGUCGCAGGGCUGAUGACGAAGCCUCCAUGUUGCUGUGUGAUGGGUGUGGGGCCGGGUGGCACACGAGGUGCCUGGUCCCUCCGCUGGCGGCGGUUCCUGAGGGCGACUGGUUCUGCCCCAAGUGUCAAACGGCGCAGGCGUUAGUGGGUCCGGUCGGAAUGACGGAGUGA